AUGGAAGCUAGUGAGAAUAACAAGGGUUCAUCCAGGAGCAGACGGCGUGGUAAGGGUUGUUACCAUCAGACUCGCUACGGGGUCAGAAAUGAAACGUCCCGCAGUCAAGCUAUAGGCGUACUUCUUACAGAAGAUCAUUGCAGUGAAGAUAAUCUAUCAUCAGAGUAA